AGGUGAGGCAACCGCUCCUCUCGUCCGUCUGUUCAUCCACCCCUCCAUCCAUCCGUACACCUGCUGCCCACCUGCCCGCCCACUUCCUGCCCGCCGGACUGCGCCACACCUGAGCGGAGCUCACCUGCAGAGACACACACUUACUAUACACACCUGCACCCACAGGAGACUGCACACCUUAUACCAACAUCAUCAGCAUCAUCUUCAUCAUUAUCAUUAUCAACAUCAUCACCGUCGCUGUGAUCACUGCUCUCCGUUCUCACCGUGACACACAGGUGGCGAUGGUCGGCGAGUGGGGAUGAGGAGCCAUGGGUCACUCCCGAAUCACCUUCAUGGCUCUCAGGACUCAGUUCUCCAGGCCCCGCCCCUUCCUCUCACCUGUGCUUCACCUGCUCUCUCUCUGGCUGCUCCUGUGCCCGUGUGUGGGUGGGCCGGCCCGUGCCCCUCUCCUGGCGGGGCAGCCGUUCCUGGUGCUGUGGGGCGUCCCCAAUAAGGACUGUCUGGGGCGUCCGGACCCGGCGAGUUUGGGGAUGGAGUGGGAGGGGCGGGUGGCGCUGUUUUAUGAGGACUCUCUGGGGCUGUACCCGUAUUUCACCGCUGAUGAACAGUCGGUUAACGGAGGCCUGCCGCAGCACACCAGCCUGGACCUCCACCUGCAGAAGGUGGAGGGGGAUCUGACGGCCGGUCUGCCCCAGGCAGGAGCUCCCGGGCUGGGGGUGCUGAGGUGGGAGGAGUGGGCGCCUCAGUGGAGCAGAAAUAAGGGGAAGCAGAGGAGAUACCUGGAGGAGUCCAGAGCUCUGCUCCGGGGAUUCUUCCCCGACUGGAGUCCGGAGGAGGUGGAGAAAUGGGCUCAGGUGGAUUUUGAAGCAGCAGCCCAGUCCAUCCUAAUGGAGACCCUGAGAGAGCUGAAGAGGCUCCGCCCACAGAGGCUAUGGGGCGUGGCUCCAUAUCCAAGCUGCUACAACUCUGACCCCGCCCAGAUGCAGCUGGCCAAUUACACGGGGCGCUGCCCGGCCGCGGAGAUGGCGUUAAACGAUGAGAUGAUGUGGCUCUGGAAACGAAGCUCCGCCCUAUACCCAAUCCUAUCACUGGAGAAACAGCCUGAGGGGACCAAGGGGGCGUGGCUUUACGCGUCCAACCAGAUCAGAGAGGCCCUGAGAGUGGCGGCUCUUGCAGGGUCAACUUCUGAUCUUCCUGUCUUCCCAUUGGUCAAGAGUGUGUACGCCUCAUCUCGUACAUUUCUCUCAGAGGCUGACCUGGUGAAUACCGUAGGUGAAAGUGCUGCCAUGGGAGCCUCAGGAGUCAUCAUCUGGGAAAAAUCCAUCCCUGCAAAAACACAGAAGACCUGCUCUGAGCUCAGCUCCUACGUACGGGAGGUUCUCGGUCCGUACGCCGUCAACGUAACCACGGCGACCCGUCUCUGCGGCGUCUCACUGUGUCAGGGGCGUGGCCGAUGCGUCCGCAAGAAACCAGAAGACCCCGUCUACCUCCACCUUCCCUCCGCCCACUUUCUCCUAAUGACCAAUGGCGUGGAGGGAAUCCGGGCGACGGGGACACUUCCGCCUGCCUAUCUGGACACGUGGAGGCGGGACUUCCGCUGCCAGUGGUUCGAGGCGUUGGAGGGGGCAGCCGCCGAUCAGGAGUCAGGGGGGCUGGACGUUAGACGCCAGAGGCCGCCGCCCACAGUAAAGCCCCCCUCUGAUAUUGUUCAGACUGAGGGGACCGUGGCGACCACCACGACUUCUCCGCAACAGCAACCAGCAGCCAGCGGAUGCCCCGCCCACAACGUGCCCGUUAUAGUUCUCUCUGUGCUGCUGAUCAUCAGCCUCGCUAACCUCAACCUCACCUGUGCACAGGUGAGACGCACAAGAUGACCAGACUGGCCUUGAUUUUGUAUUAAAAUACAUUAUAAUAUGACAGACUUCAGAACUUCUAAUCUCCUAACGUAGGAAACUGUAGGAGCAAGAACUGGAUGUCUGCUCUGAAUUAACUACUAACCUGCAGUGAGUGAAGGAAGGGGGCGGGGCCUCGGUUGGAUUAUCCUAUGAAAACUCCUUUUCUGUCGUCUCUUGGUCUAUUUGUAAA